AUGAUAUGGAAUCUUCUGUCUCUCUAUCAGAUUACUAAGAGGACCAUAAGUACUGCUUUACACAGGCAGUUUGAAAAUAAGUUUCCAGCAAAACAAAAGCUGUUUCAGGAGGAUGAUGGAAUUCCAGUGCAUCUGAAGGGUAGGGUAGCUGAUGCCCUCCUGUAUAGAGCCACCGUGAUUCUUACAGUUGGUGGGACAGCACAUGCCAUAUAUCAGCUGGCUGUGCCUUCAUUUCCCAAUAAGCAGGAUUGA